AUGGCAAAUGACCCCAAGCCCCCUCGGAGUGCAGAGCGCAUUGCCGCCAAAGCAAAGUCCCGUUCGGGCAGGUCGCGUGCUGGUUCGCCCUGUUCUGUCCGUUCGGCGGGCUCUACGUCCAAGGCGGACCGUAGCCUUCUGAGCUCGGUAGCGAAACUACGCAAAGAACUGGGACAUUCUGUGACGAAAAGCACCAGGCAGAAAGAGGACGGAGCAACCCAUCGGGAAUGUCUGCAUAUGAUGGAUCAGAUUCAAGAAGAGUUUGAGCUCGCUCUUGGGGCGAUAGCCGAUGAAAGAGCCCGUCAUUCUCAAUCCAUGCAGUGUCUGCAUGAUGAAAAGGCCCAGGAGACUUCGAAACUGCAACAGGCAAUCACGGCAAAAGACAAAGCCCUGGUUGAAAAACAGAGGCUUGAAAAAGAGCUCUGCCAGAUUCAGCAGCAGCAGGAGUCAGUGAACGCCACUAUGCAGGACCAGAUUUCAUGGCACGAUAUUCAGCCCGUCCUGCAUCAGGCGCAUGGCGAGCUGACAUCGGCAACCACUCGGUUCUGGAACACGAUCGAAUCCCUUCACAACUAUAGAGUGGCAUCCUACUUGCCGGGCUCUGGAGUGAUCCACAGAACUUGGCCCGACCAGUACAGUCCGCUGGUGUCUUUGGGUCACGAUGCCCUUCCCGGGUUUUCCGCAUCGAGUGAUUAUCCUCUUGCUACCCAGCAAGCGCCAGAAUCAACCAACCAGUAUGCAUCGCUUGUGUGA